CCAUUCGAAAUUUAAGUUAUCAUAGAGUUGUGUUGACGUUAAGUUGAGAGAAGGCGUGGAAAACGCGGAAACCACACAAGCGAAAGGCGUUUGAAGUUCCAAAACUGUAAAAAUCGUUUGCGACGCGCAGUAACCAAUUGGUUGAAAAAAAAGUUGAUUGUAAGCUAAUUGGCGAAAGUGAUAUCUUUAAUAAUUCAAAAGUGCAACGAUUGAUACUAUUUCAAUACCAAAAUAAUUCGAGUUAAAUAGAUCAUCGCUAUUGGCUAAAAAUUGCCGUUUUUGGUGUAACGUGUCGACAGAAGUUGGAAUGUGAAACGAAAACGAGACGGCAUUUAAUAUACAAAAGUGAUGACAAACGAAUUGUAAAGGCCAUUAAACUAUAGUGUUAUAUUGAAUUUACCUUAUAUAAAACCAAUUGCAAUAGAAAAUAAAAUUUUGUUGCAAAUAAAUCAUCCGUACAAAUCGUUAAAACAUAAGUGAAAAUUUAUCAACAAAAUAUCAAUACUCGGGAAUCAGUUUCUUCGGCAAUUGUCUGAGUAACGGUAGACCUUGUGUGGUUAAGGAGUUGAAAAUAUCGGUGUGUUGUAUGUGAAAAGAAUGUACAUUACUCUUGAUUCUACUAGAUUAAGCUAAAAAAACAAAAGUUCAAAUAACGGAUCGUUUUGCUUAUUUAUCUCAGUUAAAAAUUGGUGAAUUAUAAAGCCAGAUUUUAAGUGAAAAUUAAAACAAUAAGUGGUAAUUGCGUCGGGGCUCCUUCACAAAGGCAAAAAUAAAGUGGAAACGAUUUUUGGUAAUUGUGCAAAUUAAACAUAUCUUAACGGAAAUACCAAUUCUAUAUUGCGUACGAAGGAGGAAAGUGUCUGAAAUAAGAAAAUUUGGCUUGAUAAUCCUAUUUUAGGGAAAUAAAGAAAAUCGUUAAUUGUCUGCCAUUUUGCAUUCGUAUGCGAAAGAAAUACUUAUACACAUGUAUAAGAAAAAUACGACUUUAUCGAAGACGCAGCAGGAAUAUCGUACAUGAUAGAGUGAGAGCAAUAGUGAAUCAAAUUAAUUGUCAGUUCAUGAGAAACUAGAGCUUCGUUAAGUGGCAAGAUUGCAGUGCUUUAGCCAAUAAGAAGAGUGCUGUGAAAAGGUUUACUAAGCGAAAAGACCCUAACUAGAUGUACCGCCGGAGCCAUCCACGAAAGGAAGGAUCAUACAGAAGGACUAAGAUACGAAGAAGACGAAGAAGCGUAAGCUUAUGAAUAAAGUAGCUAAAAAAAAGCUUAAAACAAACCGGAAAAAUCAACAGACUGAUUAUCAAUACAAAACAAAAUUAUAUAUAAAAUUUAUGUAUAUGUUUAUACAUAGCAAUAUAUAUAAUAACUAUAUGUAUGUAAAUGUAAAUAAGGAAGAAAACAUAGAAAGAGAAUAACAUAAAAAUUAAGAAUAAACACAGGAAGAAGCAGAAGGAAGGACGGUGAGUUUGAUGCUGAUAAAAGGGAGAAAAGCUUUGGGAAUGCAGGCAAAUAUUCAAUCAGACAACAGUGCCGCAUGUAAAUAGAUUUUCUACUUAAAUUGACAACAAAAGAGCAAAGAACAGCAAACUUUGUAAACGGAUAAACUCAAAUUAACGUUGAUUUUAUUGUGUGUGAUAUUUAAAAAAUAAGCAUUACUUUAAACACAAAAAAUUGAAGAGGCAAAAACAGUGCGUAAAAUUAAUACAAAAAUUAGAUAAGAGUAAAAAUAAAAAAGAGCUGCAUUAAGGAAGGAACGGAACGCUGAAUAUCUUAAAAUGACAUACUCGCACAAUAGCGUUAGUAAUAAUUUUAAAAUGACAACAACCGCAGCCGCAGAUGCGACGACAAUUCGCUUAAAAAAAAUAUCUAAUGGAGGUGGAGUUGGUAAUGUGAGCCGCAACACACCGACAACUACUUUAAAUGUAACUGCACAUUCCAACAGUAUUGCUAGCAGUACAAAUUACCAAUCCUAUUACCAACAACAAGUUUUAAGUUCUUCACCACCCGGUUGUGCAAUGUCAUCGGGUGCUUCCACCUCAUCUACGAGUAGUGAUUCCUCGCUGGGUUCUAGUGGGUUUGGCAGUGGAAACAAUUCGUCGCGUCAACGUAAGCAACAGCAGCGUAAACAGCUGCAAAAUCAACAACAUCAGCAACGCGAUUCGCCACCGCUUUCAAGUGGCACAGAAAGCACAGUUUUCUUUAGUAAUAAUAAUAAUCAUUACCAAUCCCAUCAUGGUGGCAGACGUGGAGGUAGCGCUCAUAAGCUGAGUGAUGGUCAAAAAUCACCUCACUUCCAGCAGCAACAAGCCCGUCAAUCGCCAGCUGUUAUAUUAGGUGGCGGUGAAAAUCCAAUUGCAAUUAAUAGCAACAGCGGCAGUGCUGGUCGCAAGACUCGCGCAAAAUUCGCAAUGAUUAGUAGCCCUUUAUUUGGGAAGAUAUCGCCAACACAAAUGGCCUUGCCUACUGCGUUGACGCAUUUCGCUGGCAGCAAAUGCUUCGAUGCCCCGGCGCCUACAGCAUUACCAAAACCACCGCAGCAUUGGACCCUGGGCAAGGCAGAAUAUAAAGCAACCAGCAGUGCUGGACCCGGUCUACACAGUGUAACGACAGCGCGCAACCCAGCACUGGCAGCUGAUGCACAUACCUGUGGUGGCCACGUUGUUAAGCAUUCGAAGCGUAAUUUACUCGACGAUUUCGACACGCACAACUUGAAGUUGUUGUUAAAUGUGCAAUCUUAACCGCUACGCACUCCGAAUAGUAUCCGUACAGCAGUAUAAAUUAAUUCACCAUUUAUUUAGCGAUCAUCAAAUAAAUAUAUUAAAAACAAAGCAUAAAAUUGAUAAGAAAACUGAGUUACACAUAUGUUAAACGCACGAAUGCAAAAUGUGAUAUUCGCAAUGAACUAUGUAUGAGUGCGCUGCAAACAAAUAUUAAAUCAAAAUUAACAUCGCAAACAUUUCAAACAAUUCAUAUAAUAAUAUUUACAAUUUACUGACCUGGAAAUUAGUAGAUAACAAAUUUGCAAUCUAGUAAAUGGUGUGAUACAAAUUUAAACAAAAAUCUAAUAUAAUAUAAAUGUACGUGGAAGAUACAAUAUUUGCGUAUUUACGCAAAUUACGACACAAAUAACAACUGCUUGUGAUCUCAAGUAAUAAAAUGAAAUAUUUAAUUUUAAUAUAUUAACUGAUUGAACAAACAAAAACAAAUAAAACGCAAUUUGAUAACGGAAAUUUAAACUUUCAAAAUUCAAAAAUGUAGUAAAUUCACAAUUCUUGUAAAAGAAACUGUACAAAUAUUUUUUUUUUGCUUUAAGUUGUAACUAUUUAAAGUUUAAGAAAAUUUUAAAAUAUAAAUCGAAAGCCGCGCGUUUUCAAUUCAGUUUAAAUUACACAUUUGUACGACACUGAAAACAGAAUCAAAAAAAAAAACAAGCAACACAGUGAAACAUUAGAUAAUAUAAUCCGCCACAAAUAAUGUAUAAUAAUUACAAUUAAAAAACUUUGUGAAUUCUGUCUUUCCUGUUGUUUGCAACUGGCAGUGACACUAAAAAUAUCAAUUUUUAAAUAAUGAAUUCCAUCAACCCACCAAAGUAAACAAACAAAUAGUUGCGCGUUAUUAUAAUACAAACAAAAACAAAUGUAAACAAAAUGCAAUAAAAGCAAUAAAUAUUAACAACGAGGAAAAAACCAUUUAAGCUGUGACCUUACGCGUGCGCCUAAAUAAUGUGGAAUGACCUUGCGUCACACCUUCAGAUAACCAGGACAACAGCAGUUGCAGCUGCAGACAUGUGAACCAUAAAGAUAUUAACAUAAAAUCACAAUCAGCAGCGACAUUAGAUAUAUGUAUAACAUGAAAACAUUCAUCGAGUGGGGGAUAUGUUCAGCAAUGGCGGCAGUCAAUAUAAAAUCACAUUUUGUAACAUAUGCCAAAAUUUAUUUUACUUACCAUUAAACAACAAGAUUCUCAUUAUUUGUAUUAAAUUUUAACAAUUUAUAACUUUAAAUUUGUGAAACAAAUUAAUUGUAAAGAUAUGUAAUUUUACAGCUAGUACCCUUGUACAAUUAAGCGUUGCACUUGCGCCAACACAUCAAGUUCCGAUAUCUUUAACUUUUCUAUAUUUUUGAUUCAGGGGAUUUGUUCUAUGCUAGUAUUUGAUUGCUUUUAUUUAAAAUAAAUAAUAGAAAAUUGAAAACGAAAGUAAAUAAAAGUAGCUCUUUGUAUCCAACACGAUUUUGACUUGAAAUGCAUUCUCAUAUGUACUUCUACAUAUAAAAUGUAACGAUUUAAAUCAAAUUACUUAAAAAACAACUUAAAAUUUGAAAGUUUUGGCGCGGAUGUUACGUUUUUGUACUUUACAUUUAAAUAUAAUUGUAAUUUAAAUAAUAUAGUUAUAUUUAUUUAUAGUUUUCUAACUUUUAAUUCAGCAUCUUUCAUAGAAACUGUAUAAUUUCAUUACUUAAUAUGUAUUUACAUAAGUCGUCUGGACUGUACUGUAGAUAAUAAUUUGUAUUAUAUUAAAACAAAAAAAUUGGGAAUGUUUCUCAAUGUAAUUAUAAGAACGUUAACAUUUUGAAAAUUUGUAUUAGCGAAUUAACAUGCUAAAAAGUAUUUGCAGAAAUGACAAACAAAGCCCCAAAGAUAAAUGUUAACAAAUUUUAAAAUAGAAAUUGUAAAUUUUAAAAUGUUUGAUGAUACUUUUCCAUCAUCAGGGAAUGUACAAAUCAUAAUUACAAUAAUAGAUAAAAGACAAAAACCAAACGACCACAAGGUCCAUUACAAAAAUGCACUUUAAUUUAUUAUUACAAAUCACAUUUUUGUAAAAGACGCCUGCCAAGUAAUGCAAUUUUGAAGAAUUGUUCCUCAAAUAAAUGUAAAUUUACAGUUGUUCAAAGAUCCCAGAACCUAGCAAACAUCAUUUCAUUCAAUUCUGUACGCUCUGGCGUACACAUCUACAUAUGUAUUUACAUUGAGAACUGCAAGAGAAGAGUAACACACAUACAUACAUAUGUAUUAAAAUGUCAGUCAUCAAUUUAACAGCUUACUGAAGCUAAAAACGCAAUUUUCAAUGAAAGCUAGUCGUUAAUGCAAGCAAAAAUUGUUAAUAACCGGCGUUUAUAUGUAUACAUAUUUUCAUAUAACAAGUUUGGCCAUUAAAAAUAUGAAAAAUUGUAAUUAAAAAUCUAAAUAUUAAUUGGAACUAAUUUAAAAAAGAGCGUAUUAAAGUAAAUGCUUUUUACGAUGAAAAUUUAAAGUGUAAAUUGAUUACAACUGCCUUAAAACAGUAUCCUGAUGAGUGAUUGUUUGCAGCUAGAGAGGAGCACUUAAGCCCAGUACCUUGUUUUUUUAGUUCAUAAUAUUUUUUUUUUUGGGGGGAUACCAGAUAGUUGUAACUGUCUGAUAACUGAUUUAUAUCAAAUUAAAAUGUGAUGGAUUAUUAAGCAUUUGCCGGCAAUACGGUACAACAAAGUCCGAUUUACCAUUAAGAAAUUUAUAAUAAUAAAUAUGUGUGUAUAAAAAAAAUAUGCUUGAAAAUGGUUCUUGUUUGAACGGCUUCGAAGCAUUCUUCUUAUCACACGUGCGCAUGAUUGUAAAGCAAAACAUAUGUAAAGAAGUAAUGGAAGGCAUACAGGCACCAAUUAUUGUACCAAUUUCAUUGAAUUGUACAACUGAUUGUUACGUAUAUGAGGCAGUUGUAUGAGUUGUACCAACUGAUUGAAUGAAAAUCAAAAUUUUUUGAUAUUUUGUCAAGUUAGUUGUGUUAGUUGGAUCGUGUUUGGGUUGGUCGUGCGAUUUCAAACGGUUUCGCCAUUUUAUUUCGGCUGUCGAAGAGAGCGCGUCAUAUAUAAUACAAAAGCAAAGCAACAACUUCCGAACUCAUGUUUAAGCAACGAAGUGAAUAUUCAAAAUGAAGUUGGCCUCAAAAUUGUAUUAAAAGUUGUGUCGUAUGUAGCGACAAGGGCAAUUUCUAGCCCAACUCAAUCAACCAACUAAUUGUUGUGUGUAUGCCUUCCAUAAGGAAGUGGUUCCAUUGGACAAUGUCAUAUGCCCGCAUUGGCAAAUAAAAAGAAUGCUUUGAGAGUCGUUGUAAACAAAAAUUACUAAAUCUGAACUGCUGUUGCCAAUUUUUGUGAAUACGAUGCAAAUGUUAGUUGCAAUCUUAAAUGGUAAUUUGAAUUUUGUGAUGCUAUAUACGUAUGUUAGUAUGUAUUGAAUAUAUUGUAUUUUGCUUACUUUUUGUUAGAAAUAUGAAAUUGUAUAUGACACCUGUGUGAACAUACAAUAUAAUUGUUGAACUCCACAAGUAAUCUUUAAUGAUAGUAAUAUAUAAAUUGGACGUUUUUCUCCGACUUCUUCUAGGAAGAAGCCAGAAAGAAUCAACAAAUAUUAAGUUAUUGAAAGCGCACAAUGCAAAAUGAAAAUGAAUCUUAGUUGAACAAUGAAAAUUAUUAACAAUAGUCAUGUGACCAGUUGAUGGGUGUGCGAUAAAUAAACUACACAAAUUUGUUAAUUUUUAACAUACAAUUGUAGAUAUGUAUAUGUAUAUUGUAUGUUUUGAAUACAUAAAAAAAUAAAUUAUUUUGGGUUGGCAGAAAAUUAUAUCGGCACAUAAACCCAAAUAAUCCAUAAGUACAUAUGUGUAUGUAAAACAGAUUGAAUUUGCAUUUUAAGAUUUUCUUUACCAAAUGUACAUUUUUAUUUUGUGUGAAUUAUUAGAACACUUUGCAUAUAUAGACCUUUUCAGAGCAAAAGCAAAAGCAAAAGCCACAGGCAAUUGAUAUAUUAAUAUAAUAUUGUUUGAUUGCGUGCUAAACUUAUCUUUAACUGUGAAAACGGCUAUGUAAACUAAACAAAAACAAAAAAAAAAAAACAAAUAGGCAAAAGUUAUACAUACAUAUUUUAAAUCUUAGCCUGUUCAUAUACGGAUGAACUAUAUUUCGUAUAUACGCAUUUAAAUUAAUGUUUAUGCCAAGCUUCUUACGAUUUUGCCUCAAUCUAUUGAAAGUACAGCCGUGAUAUUUGAACGCAAUCAAUAUUUUUAUUUAAUCCUAGUUUAUUUUUUUAGUCUAUGUAAACGCUUACGAUCCGUGUCUACAGUUUAACUCCAGCAAUCCAACAGCAAAUGCAUACAAACAAUUGUGUGAUAAAAAUGUAUCUUAUGAACAACAUAAAAUUUACAUACACACACACACACACGCGUAGACAUUGGUGAAGUUAAGCGAAUUGCAUUUUUAAAUGUAAGUAAAAUAACAACAAGCGUAUUUUCUUGCUACUCAGACUCAACCUGCAUACAUAGUAGACAAACCGAAUUCCGCAAAGGGGGGAGUAGGGUUAAAUUGUGUAAAACAAAGUCCAUUUUAAUAAUUUUUUUGAUAAAACAGUUCAUAAAAUUUAUUUUUGAAAAUCAGUGGUACAUUAUAAUAUGAUAUUCUAAUAAAUAUGCCCUUAAAUUUACAAAAAAUUACAAAUAUUAAAAAAUUAAAUAAACUCUUCAGCGUUAUCUCGUAAAUUAUGUGGAACACGUACUCAGCAGAUAUAGUAUUUUGAAGACUUUGUUUUUUAACGCUUUAAUGUUUGAAAUCUGUUGUUAAACGUUUAUAAGACAGACAUUAAAACAAUGAGAAUUUCAUAAAUUUUUUCCAAUCGAUUUUGACAAUCUUCUACAGGUAUUAUGCAUUCAUUUAAAUCGAAGAAAUAUAAACAAUUAUUUAAAAACCCUACUCCCCUCUUUAAUAACAUCAUAAAAUACUUACAAUGAUUCACAUACACUUAAACCGUUAAUUAAAGUUUUAUGCUAGUGAUUUUCAUUCAACAUUUGCAUUAAAAUUCGACAUUUGUACUGUGUGCCCAAUAUUGUUGGAUAACGAGAAAAAGAAAAUUAUAGAAAUUUUUAUUUUAAUAUAUUUUUUUUUAAAUAAGGUAAACACCGUCUAGUACAAAAUCUUGCUAUUGAAGGAGCACAUCAUUGUAUGUCUUAUUGUAGUAUUUACGAUAGAAUUUUAAUUUUCAUAAUGUGUGUAUGUGUAUUGCUUUGCAGUAACAUGCAGUAUAUAUUUUAUGAAAGUAUUAAAUAUGCAAAUUCAGAGUCAAAAUCGUGUUCAAUAUACCUUUGUUAGUUUUUAGACAGUUUUAAGAAAUGCAUGUUUUAUAGUACCAACAAAAUCAAGUUCAUUGCACUUAACUGUUUUAUAUAUCAUAUUUCACUUUAAUUUUAUACCUUUUAAAAUUUCUCGUACAAGAAAUUUCGCAAAGAAAUUAUAACGUGCAUAGCUACAUAUGUAUGUAUGUAGGUGAAGUUUUACCCAGUUAUUACAUAUUUGUUGUGAUUAAGGAGUUGAAAAUCGAGUAGUGAGCAGGCAUAAUUAAUUUAUUGUUUAGUAACGUAUGGUUUGAAGUUACGCAAAAGCUUUAAUGAAGACUUGAUAAGUGAAAAUUACUGCAAAAAUUUAAAAAUAAUACAUACAAGAAAACUUAAAUGAAACAUACACACCAAUACAAACAUUAAUUGUAAUAAAAAAAAAACAAAAAGUAAAACACCUUUUAUACAAACCUUCAAGUACACCUCCGCACAUAUGUCAUACCUAACAACCGAUUUUUUUAUGCAUUUUCAAUGCUUGUAUGUGUUUCUAGAAGUGUUUGCUAACGAAGCCUGAAAG